AGGGUGGGAGGAGGAGGAGGGGAGGGGGAGCUCGUUCAGGACGGCUUGUUUUGCUCCCUGGGAGGAAAGGAGGAAGAGGAAACCCGAAGGCCCGCCGAGGGAAAACAGCUGGACGAAAGGAAGGAAGCGUUGAGCGCAAACCAGGGGCGGUGGAAGAGGACUAGAAGCUUGGCUUUGGCCGCAAACUUUGCUGGGGAUGUAAACUGAAGGUUUAACCGAAAUCUGCAACAGGCUGUCAUCUGGGGAAGCCUUAAAACAGCAAAAGAUUGCAAGCUCUGUCAUAAAAGCGCGUCCCCGUUACAUGCUACGGUAGAAAAACAUCUUCGCCUCUCAAUUUCAGACCAAAGUCCAAAGCCAAAAAGUUGGAUCCUGCUUUAAGGAAAAUUGUAUCGUCCAUGUUUUCUUCUCUACAGAGUGCAUCUGCCUGCCAGUGGCCAAGCUGAGGCUCCCCGGCCCAGCGAUGGACUUGGACCCCUACGCGAGCAUGCAGAUUGGCAUGCGGGUGGUCCGCGGGGCUGACUGGAGGUGGGGAAACCAGGACAGCGGCGAGGGCAACGUGGGCACGGUGGUGGAGAUCGGCCGGCAGGGCAGCCCGGCGACCCCCGAUAAAACCGUGGUGGUCCAGUGGGAUCAUGGGACUCGCACCAAUUACCGGACCGGCUUCCAGGGAGCGUACGAUCUUCUGCUCUAUGAUAAUGCACAAAUAGGGGUCCGUCACCCUAACAUCAUCUGUGAUUGUUGCAAGAAACACGGCAUUCGUGGAAUGCGAUGGAAGUGCAAAGUCUGCUUUGAUUACGACCUGUGCCUGCAUUGCUACAUGAGCAACAAGCAUGACCUAUCCCAUGCCUUUGAGCGCUACGAAACCGCCCACUCGCAACCAGUCUCCGUAAGCCCACGACAGAAUUUGCCGCGCGUUACUUUAAAGGGAAUAUUUCAAGAUGCAAAAGUCGUUCGGGGCCCUGACUGGGAAUGGGGAAAUCAAGAUGGUGGCGAUGGCAAAAUUGGGCGCGUGGUUGACAUCCGUGGCUGGGAUGUGGAGACGGGGCGGAGCGUGGCCAGUGUCACCUGGGCUGAUGGUACCACAAACGUCUACCGAGUUGGCCACAAAGGGAAAGUCGACCUAAAGUGUAUCACGGAAGCCUCUGGAGGGUUUUAUUACAAGGAGCAUCUUCCUAAAUUAGGCAAGCCGGCUGAGUUGCAGAAAAAGGAGAGCACGGAAGGGCACCCGUUCCAACAUGGAGACAAGGUGAAAUGCCUCCUAGACAUCGACAUCUUGCGGGAGAUGCAGGAGGGCCACGGAGGCUGGAAUCCCAAGAUGGCCGAGUUCAUUGGCCAGACAGGAACCGUGCAUAGGAUCACAGAUCGAGGAGACGUGAGAGUCCAGUUCAACAACGAUACUCGCUGGACGUUUCAUCCUGGAGCUCUAACCAAGCUUAACACUUUCUGGGUGGAUGAUGUCGUGAGGGUGAUCGAUGACAUGGAAACAGUGAAACAGCUGCAAGCCGGUCACGGAGAAUGGACGGACGAGAUGACAGCGAUCCUAGGCCACAUUGGUAAGGUGAUCAAAAUCUUUGGGGAUGGAGAUUUGCGUGUCUCUUUCUCCGGCCAGUCCUGGACCUUCAACCCAGCCUGCCUGACAGCCUACCAGAGAGAGGAAGAUGCAAACCUGAUGACCACUCAGGAUACCAGGGAAUCGAAAAGUUCCUUGGUGUCUGUGGUGGGACGAUUACUCUCCCAAAAAAGCGAGGCCGAUAGCCCAGGCCGCCUGGUGGUUGAGGCAGCCCACGGGAACAUCAGCAAAGUUCGGGACUUGAUUCAGAAGUACCCUGACAAGGUGGACGUGCAGAACCAGGGCAGGACGGCCUUGCAGGUGGCUUCGUACGUGGGGCAGAUGGAAGUGGUGAAGCUCUUAGUGCAAGCCCAUGCAAACAUUGACCUGUGGGAUGAAGAAGGGGACACGGCCCUGCAUUACGCAGCCUUUGGGAAUCAAGCGGACGUCGCCCGGCUCCUUGUCAGCAAAGGGGCCAACCCGAAUAUUUUGAACACCGCCCGGUGCACGGCCUUGUACGUUUCUGUCAACCAUGGCUUCACGGAGGUUGUGAAAGCCUUGUGCGAAAACAACUGUGACGUGAAUUUGCCGGGUACUUCGGGCGACACCCCCCUUCAUUACGCCAUCACAGCCGACUUCAAGUGCAUCAUCGAAGCCCUCACUGAGGUCCCCGGCAUCGAUUUUACGAUCCAGAAUCAACAAGGGUUUAACCUGUUGCACCACGCGGCCCUGAAAGGAAACAAGCUAGCGAUCAAGAAGAUCCUAGCAAGAGCUCGGCAGUUGGUGGACGCCAAAAAGGACGAUGGCUUCACGGCUCUGCAUCUCGCUGCCCUCAACAAUCACAAAGAGGUGGCAGAGAUAUUAAUCAAAGAGGGCCGCUGCGAUGUGAACCUCAAGAACAACCGCAACCAGACGCCCCUGCAUCUAGCCGUCACCCAGGGCCACGUGGAGAUGGUGCAGCUGCUGGUGAGCGAAGGUGCCGACGUCAAUGCCGAAGACGAGGACGGCGACACCGCCAUGCACAUCAUUUUGGAGAGGGAGCAUCUGGUGUCCGUCCUGGUCGAUGAGCAGUCAGACCAGGAAGACAGCCUCUUCUCCAAGCUCCAGGCCUCCGGUUUCCUCGGCAACACCAAACUGAAUGUGGGAACUGCCCUGGCCUGCUACCUGGCCCAGCAAGGGGCCGACAUCAACUAUGCCAACCACCGGGGCAAAUCUCCGCUUGACCUCGUCUUGGAUGGGAGCAUUGCACUCCUGAUCCAGAACUUCUCCCAGAAAUACAGAGAGCAGCAGGACUCCUUCGAGAGCUCCACCAUGACCAGCAGCCUGAGAAGAGUCCACACCACCCCCAACACCAUGACGAACCUCAGCGUGCCAAAAGUGGUUGCCCCUUCAGAGUGCUUGGUUUGCUCGGAACUGGCGCUUCUUGUCCUCUUCUUCCCCUGCCAACACAGCAUCGUGUGCGAAGAAUGUUCCAGAAGGAUGAAGAAAUGCAUCAAAUGCCAAGUCACCAUUACCAAAAAGUUGAAACAAGACAACUCUGAAGUCGACGGUGGGUCGGGCCCCGAGGUCACCAACCAACAGAAGCUCAUGGAGGAUUUACAGAGCCGCUAUCGGCAGAUGGAGGAACGGAUCACCUGCCCCAUCUGUAUCGACAGCCAGAUCCGAAUGAUCUACCAGUGCGGACACGGGUCGUGCCAAGAGUGCGGCGUGUCCUUGAACGUCUGUCCCAUCUGCCGACAGGCCAUCCGCGAGAGGAUCCCGAUCUUCGUUUGAGGACUGGCUCUGGCUUUGCCACCCCCCAAACCCCCCACCCCCACCGCUAUCCUGCCCCUCUCUCCUCUGGGUUCAAAUUUUGCUUCGGUCGGGGAAAAUCCGGAGCGGGCCAGAGAGAAGAUCCAAACUACAGAGACUUGGGCUGGGAGAUGUGGGAUAAUGAGCUUUUCCUUCCUAGCUUUCUCCAGUGUCAAAAAGAGGAGCAAUCUU